AUGAAAAUAGAGAGGGAAAACAAUAGACUGCGCGAUGAGAAGUCUGAAUUGGAGAGGGAAAACAAUAGACUACGCAAUGAGAAGUCUGAAUUGGAGAGUCGGAUGCAGCGGUUGGUGCACCAAAACAACGAGCUACAGGAUCAAUUGGACAAGAAGACAAGGGAUAUGAAGAAGUAUGAAGAAGAAGCAAGGGAGCAACUAACUGAAAAGGAAGAGGAAUUGGUGAACACAAGGAACGCAGGCUUGGUGAUAAUGAAAACCGCCGAUGCGUACGAAGAGGUAGCAAGAAAGCAACUUAAGGAAAAGGUGUGGGAACUAGAGGACACAAGGAAAGUGGUUCGUGUCCUCAUGGACGCUGCUGACACAUACCAAGAAAUAGCAGACAAGCAAAUUAAAGAUAUGGAGGAGGAAUUGAAGGUCAUAGGGGCCGAGAAAGCAAAGAUGGAUGCAAGGGUAGCAUCUUUGGAGUCGAGGCUCAAGGUUGCACUUGAUAAGAAUAAGGAAUUAGAGGGUGAUUGUGAUAAAGUGAAGUUUGAAAAUUAA